GGAUGGGCGGGACAAACACAGAUAACGGACCCAAAAAUCACUCCGUCUGCUGCAGUUAACGUGCACGUCUGUUCAUAAAUAUGUGAAUUAUCAUCAGAAACGUUAUGAGUUGUUGUGUCUGCCCUACAGGAAGACGACAAUCCCGGCUACCGAUGUAGAUACACGCUGAAGCAGUGAGAUGUCUCUGGCUCAGAGGGUUCUAUUGACCUGGGUCUUUACCCUGGUCUUCCUCAUCAUGCUGGUACUGAAACUGGACGGGAAGGUGCAGUGGAACUGGUUCCUCAUCUUCCUCCCAGUCUGGGUAUUUGAUGGCAUCCUCAUCCUCAUGCUUGCCAUAAAGAUGGCGGGCCGCUGCAAGCCCGGGUACGACCCCCGCAACGGCUCCCCCGACCUGCGCCUGCGGGCCUGGUACCUGACGGCCAUGCUGCUGAAGCUGGGCUUCUGCCUGACGCUGUGCGCCAAGCUGGAGAAGCUGGCCGAAGUGAAGCUGACGUUUGUGUGCAUCCCGCUGUGGACCAUGUUACUGGGGGCGCUGGUGGAGCUGGGGCUGAACAUCUUCCCUGAGAGGAGAGAGGCCUAGAAGGAACUUCAUAAAAACACAUUGAGAAUAGAUUUGUGUUUGUAUGACCAAGAUAACGUGGAAUAUGAGCUUUUGUUUUUGUCCUGAUUAUGUUUCCAGAGAGGACUAAGACUCAAGAAGGAAUUAAAUCAUUAUUUUAGAUAUCAGUAUUCAUCCAAACUGUGUUAAACAUUUCAAUCAUGGGGUGUUCAGAGCUCAGCGGAGUAGCCUGUGAUGGCUUCAGCAUGGAACCGUAACAUCUCAAAUGUAAAAAAAUAACUUCAAAUGAAUGGCCUAUUUUUCCUUACAAAGGAAAAAGAAAUGUCACAAUGGGAUGAACUGUACAUGUAUUAUAAGACUACUGUGAAAUCUACACUGGAAGAAACGUAAACAUGUCAUUUUUGUUUAUAACUCAACAACAUUUUCAGUUAGUUUUCCUGAAUAGUUUUAAUGUAGAUAAGCUUGCACAUCUGGAGGAAGCAAACUGUCUUCCCCUUCUUUAUUCAGCUGCAUGCUGAUCAGUUUUGUUACCAAUCAUUGGAUGUACAUUUAGCUAUGUAUGCUUUACAUACUGACUAUACUCACACACCCUUUCCUUUCAUCUCUGGGCUAUGCAGAGUACUACUCAGCCAUAUUUGAUUUGAUAAAUGUACUUUAUAAGUGAUCCUGACAGCAGCCUGCUUUGGCUGCAAUCAUAAGGAAAUUGCAGGAUAUAAAACUAUCUUGUAACAACUCGUGAUUUUUUCCACAGGCUGCCCUCUGCUCUGUUCAAUGUCUCUUCUGUACCAUGUCAAUCAUCAUAAGCCCCAUUGGAAAUCAGUACGCUGUUAUUACUGUAGGUACAAAGUCCAAACUCCAUGACAUGUGUAAUGAUAAAUAUCAUGUUCCCACUGUAUAUAUUAAGUUGAAUUAUUAGGGUUUGAACAUGCGUCAGAAUGCGUUCUUCCAGCUCUGUUCAGUGUUUCAAAUGGCAGUUAUUCUUGUACGGCCAUGAGUGACAUUUGUAUUGUGCCAUAUUGUUUUCUAUGAAUAUUUCAAAUACAUUCUUUGCGUUAUUUUGCACUUUGUUAACAUUAAGGGGACGAGUUGUACGAGCAAAAGUAUUUCACGAUUGUUGCACGUCUUGUACAAAAAUAAACCAAUCCUGAAUAUUAA